UAGCCUGUGUGCCACGUCAUUAGUAUGCAGUCAGUGGGAGGGAGAAGGGAGAAAUGUGUCACGUUGGGAUACUUUUCUGUCUUCGGGGUUUGGUUUAGUAUUCAUUCAUUUAAGAAGACUUCUGCCGACGUCUCAAACCUUGGUUUUCUGUGUGUGGCUUGGUGUGUGCCCCCCAGACCGCUGGAAUGUUGCUGAACGAGACGCCCCUAUUCGAACCCUCCCUGCUGAAGGAACUGGACUGGGCGGCCAGUACUGUGUCCUUCUCUCCCCCCAUCACCCCCACUCAGCCUGGGGAGGGUCUGGUCCUGCGACCCCUCUGCACAGCUGAUUUUAACAGAGGAUACUACAAAGUGCUAUCUGAGCUCACGGUGGCAGGAGAGGUGGCCCCUGAGCAGUUUAUUAAGAACUUUGAUCACAUGAAAAGGUCUGGCGAUUAUUACGUCGUAGUGGUAGAGGAUACACAAGUUGGACAAAUUGUUGCCACGGCAACUCUGAUCAUAGAACACAAAUUUAUCCACAGCUGUGCAAAGAGAGGACGAGUCGAGGAGGUUGUUGUAAGCAGCACAUGUCGAGGAAAACAGCUAGGCAAACUGUUAGUGUCGACCCUCACCCUCCUCAGUAAGAGACUGCAGUGCUACAAAAUAACACUGGAAUGUGCUAAAACUAACGUGGAUUUUUACAAGAAGUUCGGCUACUCCGUUUCUGAUGAGUCUUACAUGCAGUGCCGUUUCUUCGAAUGAACUCUGAGGUCAUCACUGGAGAAUCGGCUUUGUUUGUGUGUGUGUGUGUGUGUGUGUGUCAUGGCGCGGUCCCUCCCCCCUUCAUCAUGCCCACAAUGCAUUGGGGGAACUAGCCUACCUUGGCCAUGAGAACGUCUCUACCUGCUCUCUUCAUCCUCACGGCGCAGGACCUGGUGAAAGAAGACGUUUCUGCCAUCGCAGGAAAAUCGUGAAGUUGACUCUCACUGGCAUGCACGCUUAGGCAGCCGUGUAUCUAAUGUCUUGAAAUCAGGCCAAAAGUCAAUCCCUUAAUGCUAUUCAUAGCAAAGACAAACAGACAUACUGUCAGUCUGCAUGUGGGUUGGCAUACCCUUGCACAAAGAUGUGGAUAGACUUGAUUGGGAUAGUUUACGUUUGAGUGAAAACAAAUAAGGCCCUACUGUUAAUUGCCUGGAAUGUAACUUAUGUCAUGAACAUUAGUAACUUUUCUCAGUUGAAGUAUCCAAAGAUUUUUGCAAUUGAAACAGAUAUCUUAAUAUAUAUUGAAACAAAACAAAAAAAAAUCAAGUUUGGGUUCUUUUCCAUAACCUUUUAUAUUUUGUUCUUGGAUUUGUGGCAUAAGGUGUCGUAAUGGAUGAAACCAGAUUAAUUGAUCACUGGUCUAAAUGUGUUUCUUAUUGAACCUCUGGUUGAACAUCUAUCAAAUAGAUAUUAUUAUUCUGAGCAAUGGAUUUUUUUUUUUGGUUUCCUUUAAAAAAAACUAUUUUAUUAGAAAAAAAGGGGUAUAAAAGAGUUGUUAUUUAUUUAGAUGGUGAGAGGUGUUUGGGAUUGGUAAUGGAGACGGACAUAUCGAAUAAGCUGAACAUGUCAAAAUGUUGUGGAAGGAGCACUUGAAGGAUUUUAUUUUGAUGUACGGGGUGUGAAAAAAUGUCUAGGUGUUAUUAAAGUCUUAUUUAUUCAA